GCUUGGCUGGCGUCACCAGGACAACGGGCGUCGCCGGCGCCGUGUGACUUCAGGCUGUGGGCUCGCUCGCGGCUCUUCGGCCAUGGUUUUCUCAAACAAUGAUGAAGGCCUUAUUAACAAAAAGUUACCCAAAGAACUUCUGUUAAGAAUAUUUUCCUUCUUGGAUAUAGUAACUUUGUGCCGAUGUGCACAGAUUUCCAAGGCUUGGAACAUCUUAGCCCUGGAUGGAAGCAAUUGGCAAAGAAUAGAUCUUUUUAACUUUCAAACAGAUGUAGAGGGUCGAGUGGUGGAAAAUAUCUCGAAGCGAUGCGGUGGAUUCCUGAGGAAGCUCAGCUUGCGAGGCUGCAUUGGUGUUGGGGAUUCCUCCUUGAAGACCUUUGCACAGAACUGCCGAAACAUUGAACAUUUGAACCUCAAUGGGUGCACAAAAAUCACGGACAGCACGUGUUAUAGCCUUAGCAGAUUCUGUUCCAAGCUGAAACAUCUGGAUCUGACCUCCUGUGUGUCUAUUACAAACAGCUCCUUGAAGGGGAUCAGUGAGGGCUGCCGAAACCUGGAGUACCUGAACCUCUCUUGGUGUGAUCAGAUCACGAAGGAUGGCAUCGAGGCACUGGUACGAGGUUGUCGAGGCCUGAAAGCCCUGCUCCUGAGGGGCUGCACACAGUUAGAAGAUGAAGCUCUGAAACACAUUCAGAAUUACUGCCAUGAGCUUGUGAGCCUCAACUUGCAGUCCUGCUCACGUAUCACAGAUGAAGGUGUGGUGCAGAUAUGCAGGGGCUGUCACCGGCUGCAGGCUCUCUGUCUUUCGGGUUGCAGCAACCUCACAGAUGCCUCUCUUACAGCCCUGGGUUUGAACUGCCCACGACUGCAAAUUUUGGAGGCUGCCCGAUGCUCCCAUUUGACUGACGCAGGUUUUACACUUUUAGCUCGGAAUUGCCACGAAUUGGAGAAGAUGGAUCUUGAAGAAUGCAUCCUGAUAACCGACAGCACACUCAUCCAGCUCUCCAUUCACUGUCCUAAACUGCAAGCCCUGGUGAGUCAGUUUUCUGACAUUAUUCACCUGUUAAAGAUGAAAGAGCCCUACCACCACAGCAAGAAGCUGUUUGGGUUCUCUUUCUGUAAGAGCCUGUCCCACUGUGAACUCAUCACAGAUGAUGGGAUCCUGCACCUGAGCAACAGCACCUGUGGCCAUGAGAGGCUGCGGGUACUGGAGUUGGACAACUGCCUUCUCAUCACUGAUGUGGCCCUGGAACACCUAGAGAACUGCCGAGGCCUGGAGCGCCUUGAGCUGUACGACUGCCAGCAGGUUACCCGUGCAGGCAUCAAGCGGAUGCGGGCUCAGCUCCCUCAUGUCAAAGUCCACGCCUACUUUGCUCCCGUCACCCCACCGACAGCAGUGGCAGGAAGUGGACAGCGACUGUGCAGGUGCUGUGUCAUUCUCUGACAGCAGCUGCCUGGGCCCAAGGGGUGAUGAGGCAUCCUUUCCUCUAGAAGACCUGAGUCUUCCUGACCUACUCCACCAUCACCCAAUCUAUUGAUUCUCCAUUGGGAAAGGCAUUUACAGGUAAAAGACUUCUGUAUGGAUUGCAGUAACUCUGGUGAUAGUUUUCACCUUUAUUCUGCUGUGAAACAAUCAAAGCCUUGUGUCAGUUAACACGUGACAAGUGGUCUCAAUGCAGCUAGGACCAUGCCAGAAACCUGGAUCUCUUAAGAGAUUGGUACCUACCCAGGUACAAAAGUUCUGCCCUUGGCAUUAUCAGCAUUCCUCAAAAAGACCAUCAGUGUUAGCACAAACUGAGCAGAAAAAAUAAGCUGUUGAUUUUCUACCUGAUACUUAAGCCAGUGGCCUACUUUAAUUCAUAAUUCCAUUUUGAUUAGCAGGACUUUUCCACUUUGAAGAUAAAAGAGCAACUUUAUCAAAGUGACUGUACUGCAAAUUCAUAAUGCCUGAUAGUUAUAUAUGUAGAGACUUACGUGGAAGGCAUGUUAAUAGGUUUCCAUGAGACACCAAAGAAAAGAGGACUCUAUACUGGGUGGAGCAGGGCCUUCACCUUUUUGUUUCUGUCAGUCAACUUGUCAUAUACACCUCCAGGGACCAAAAACAAAAGCAGCCCAGAGUCUGUGUUGCCUGAUUGGAAAGUAGAAGCUCUGGUGUAUGCUACAGCACAUAAUGCAUUUUUAUUAAAGGAAAAAAGCUAAUUAUG